UCACAAUCCUGAGCGAUGCACGGGCAUUUGUGCAUUUAUUGAAGAAGAGUUUUGUACAUCCCUUUGUAGCGCUGCAGUCUCUGGAAAUAAUCUUCAAUAUGACGGCGAUACUUUUAAGGAACUUUCCGAAAAAGGUUUUCUUUUAUUGGAUUGUGCUUUGUGGAUGCAGACGUGUUUAUACACAGGAUCACCCCGAGGUUGGUAUAACAGCUCAGGAACAGAUGUACGUGCUCUACGAUGUCAAGCUCCAGUGUCAGCACAACGUUUCCACUCACAGUUCCACAGAUGACCUUUGCCCCCCGGGUUGGGAUGGUCUGGUCUGCUGGCCGCAGGGGUCUCCUGGAGCUCUCACUGAAGUUCCCUGUCCGGUGUACAUCUACGACUUCAACCACAAAGGUCACGCAUACAGGAAGUGUGAUUUCAAUGGUUCCUGGGUAUCAGUAGAGGGAUUGAACCGUACAUGGUCCAACUACUCUGACUGCCUAAGGUUUCUCCAACCAGGCCACGAGGAAGAGAAACAGGAGUUUUUCGAGCGCCUAUACAUUGUGUACACCAUUGGCUACGCUGUGUCCUUCAGCUCACUCCUCGGAGCCAUUAUCAUCAUAGGCUACUUCAGGCGUCUCCACUGCACCAGGAACUACAUCCACGUUCACCUGUUUGUCUCCUUCAUGCUGAGGGCCGCUAGCAUCUUCGUCAAGGACAAGGUGGUCCACGCCAACGGCGGCCUGCAGGAGUUCGACACGGCACUGAUGGACAACUACAAGACCAUCGCCGCCAUGCCCCUCGACAAGACCCAGUUUGUAGGAUGCAAGAUCACAGUCUUGCUGUUCAUCUACUUCCUGGCAACUAAUUACUAUUGGAUUCUGGUGGAAGGCUUGUAUCUGCACAGCCUCAUCUUCAUGGCGUUCUACUCCGACACCAAGUACCUGUGGGGCUUCACUCUCAUUGGCUGGGGUGUUCCCGCGCUCUUUGUAGCUGCCUGGGCUGUUGUCCGGGCAACGCUAGCAGACGCAAGAUGCUGGGAGUUAAGUGCGGGGAACAUUAAAUGGAUUUACCAAGUCCCUAUUCUAACAGCCAUCGGUCUCAACUUCCUCUUGUUUGUGAAUAUUGUACGAGUCCUGGCAACCAAAAUGAGAGAGACAAAUGCUGGUCGAUAUGACACGAGGAAACAGUGCAGGAAACUAGCCAAGUCUACUCUGGUGCUGGUGCUGGUGUUUGGGGUUCACUACAUCGUGUUUGUGGGAAUGCCACAUACCUUCAAAGGGAUCGGUUGGGAGGUCAGAAUGUACUGUGAGCUCUUUCUCAACUCAUUCCAGGGUUUCUUCGUGUCUAUCAUAUACUGCUACUGCAAUGGAGAGGUCCAGGCGGAGAUCAGGAGGACGUGGGGUCGCUGGAACAUGGUGUUUGACUGGAGGGUUCCAGCCACCUGCUCCAGUUACCACUACGGCUCUGUGCCCACCAACCUCAACCAGACCUCCCACAGCCAAUCACAGGCUGCCACCGCCUCCACCAGCUCCGCCCUCUUCUCUAGUCGGGUGUACCGCAGCCGCAGGGGGCGCACUGGUGGCGGGGGCAGUAGUGGCCACGCCCACCACGCAAGCCUGCCCGGUUACGUGUUCAGUAGCUCUGACGUGGACAGCCACCCGCCAUCCAUCCCAGAGGAAGCAGAGGAGAGGGCCAAGCAGGUGGACGACAUCUCCCUCCGGGAGAGCUUCCCACCUGUGACCACUAACACCAGUGCUGCGGAGGAGCUGGAAGAGGCCCUGUAGAAUCCCGUAGA